AUGGAAGCUCAUCCAUCAAUUAGUGAUUGUUUGCCUCUUCUGGAGUGGCUUCGUAUAGGUGGCAUAAACCUCAAGAGAUUAACAUAUGUUCCGGAAAGUGUAACACAUCUAGACCUAAGCAAUAGCGGUCUAGAGAGGCUUCCAUAUUGCAUUAUAGGCCUCCCUCGAUUAGAAAGUCUUUUCGUCUACCAGUGCAGAAAACUAGUGUCACUACUGGGUCUUCCCCCUUCUCUCAAGUACAUAAAUGCAAAUGAUUGUGAAUCACUCGAGAGAGUGAGUUUUGUUUUCAGUGAUUCACUGAGGGAAAUCGAGUUCCAGAACUGUUUGAACUUGGAUGAAGAAUCAAGAAGGGUAAUCAUGCAACAAAAGGUUCACCACAGUGUAUGCUUACCGGGUAAAGAAAUUCCUGCGGAGUUUACUAACCGAGCUAUAGGAAACUCCAUAGUCAUCCCUACGGGUCUCUCUAGAAACUCAAGGUUAAGAUUUAAGGCUUGUCUUCUGAUUUCGCCAGUCACCUACUCACAUCUUGAUAUAGCUUGCGUAGUCACCAAGGGAGGUGUCACCAUUGCGAAACUUAAGUGGGAUUCAAUGAAUGUUUCUCAUUUUCUGACGGAACACCUGUUUUUAUGCGAUGGUAACUUAACUCCAGGAAGACCUAGCGUGGAUGGGAAUGCUAAUGAUAUUUUGUUCGAAUUUAGCUGCAGAGAUAGCUUCAAGAUUACUGAGUGCGGUUUACAGAUCUUGUGGGAAAACAGUUGGGAAUUCAGUGAUUGUGAAACAGUUGGGACUGGAGACAGAAGCAACCGCUACAGAUAUGAAACCUAUGAACCUGAAGCCGUUCAGAUCUCUCAACGUGAAGACGUUCAAGGCAGUAAUUAUAGUAGAUCUUGUUGGAGUUGGCUUAAGAAGCUUUGCUCUCGAAAAAGAGAUGACCGUAACUACCCUCAUUAUGAUUAUCACUCAAGGGUAGCGGAAACAACCGCAACAAGCCAUAUGACCCCCAUUAUGAUUCGACGAGAAUAA